GCUUGGGAAAACUCAGCCUCAAAAGGCUUUCUACUUAUAUAACUUGUCAACAUGAUUCUCACCGUGGCAUUGUUAGCUAUUCUUGCUGUAACCACGGUCACUGCGCAAUGGUACUAUGGAGCACCCCGAGGUUACUAUCCGGGUGGUGUUGUAUGCUGCUGUUGUCACGGGUAUAGACCCCCAGCCUUGAAUUAUUAUCCUCCGAGGGUUGGUGUUGCUUGGGUACGAAUGAUACCACCACCGGGUGCACCACAAAUGCCUGCACCAACACAAGCACCGCCACCGCCGCCUCCACCACCUCCUGCACCAGCACCAGCACCACCACCACCAGCGCCACCACCACCACCGCCGCCGCCGCCGCCGCCAACGCGGCCACCGAUACCGACAACAGAAUUUGAAUGGGAGCCACUUACAACACCACCAGAAUAUUCUGACGAACGCGAUUAUACAUGUGAAGAAAGAAACGUCUUCCGACUGACCAUAAAAAUGUGCAAAAUGGACAUGAGCACUGCUCUAAUUGCUUUCGACCAUCAUUACAAGAAUUCGAAUACUGGCGAGGAGGAGGGCUACCAAAAACUGAUCGAUUGUUACGAGAGAGUUACUAAACUGAAGUCGAGAGUUGCAGUUGGACUUAUGGUUGAAUUUUUCGAUUGUGCUUAUCGACAACAAGACAGGAAAGAGGGAGAAUGCAAAGAGUGUGAAACUAAGAUUUUUGAAUACUUUGAAGACCACGUUAAGGACAACUGCAGAGCAGUGUUAGAACUUUACAGAAAAUUUCCCGAGUUGAAAGAGUAUUUUGGAGAUCUCUGUGGGACCAAAUCAACAUCAUCGACAACGACGACGGAGGUAACCACAACUACAACAACACCCACAACUACAACGACAUCCACAACUACAACGACAUCCACAACCACAACUACAACGACAUCCACAACCACAACAACACCCACUACCACAACGACAACAACCACAACAACACCCACAACCACAACGACACCCACUACCACAACGACACCCACAACCACAACGACACCCACAACGAAGCAGCUCACUACCACACCCAAGAAACGGAAAAAAUGCAAAUGCUAUUGCUCUUGGGAGCAGGUCAAGGCGAAAAAGUGCCCGAGGAAGUGCUACGACAAAAUCUUAGACCUAUGCUUGAGUCAUUUAUAUUAUGUGAUCCGCUGGGAGAUCCCAGGAAAUCAGCUCACAUGUUCAAAGCCAUAUAUCUUCCUACAAAGUCAAUGAAAAUGCUGCCAAAUUGUACCGAGGAUAUACUAUGCACUGCUAUC